GUUGCAUGAGUCACUCAGAAGUAAAGUAAGCAUAUCAGCUCUGCAGUGACAAACACGCGCCUCGUUGGUGCAUAGCAAGUGCCAAGUGUUCACUCUCGCGUUCGAAUUCGAACUUCCGUUUUCAAUUUCUACAACAUCGAGUCGAGGACCUUUCGGUACUUUCCCUCUCGCACUCUACCUGUCCCUCUAACCCACUCAACUUCUCUGUCACAUCUUUCUGCGCGUAAGAGAUAAACAAUUCGCGCGCCAAACACGACGGUGCUGCUAACUGCCAGCGGUGUCGUUUCGUUUCAGAGCUUUUCCAUUGCUCUCUCUCUCUCUCUCUCUCUGAGUCUGGGAGAUGAGGUUAACAUCACCUGCCAUUCUCAACCUUCUCUUUCUAUGUGAUCUCCUUCUUUGUCUUCCCACAUUUUCUUUCUCUCUCCUCGUCGCUGACGCCAAGUCGGACCCGCAGCUUCUCCUCGCCGGGAAAAACGCAACCUCCGUCGUCAAUGCCUCGCUUGGGAGAUCCGGCGAUGAUAGCUUCGCGAACAUGAUUGAUCGGGCUCUCGAAAGAGAGUUCCCCGAGAAUGAGCAGAAUGAAGGUACCGAUCCUGGUGGUUUCAACAACAGUGUUGCUGAACAGCAGGCUGUCUUGGAAACUGUUGCCAGAGUUAUGCCCAAGAAAAAUGAAAGCAAAGAAGAAAAGCCAUUUCAGUUCCACGAUGUUUUCAACUUAGACAAUGAGAAUAGAGCAGACGAUAUGCCAACUUUAAUUGAUCGGAAGGACAAUGUCUUUAUCAUAUCCAAUCCUAAGUCAAAGUAUCCAGUUCUCCAAUUAGACUUGAGAUUGAUAUCAGAUCUUGUGGUUGUCAUUGUGUCUGCAACCUGUGGCGGCAUUGCCUUUGCUUCUGCUGGACAACCAGUGAUGACUGGAUAUCUGCUAGCAGGAUCAAUCAUUGGACCAGGAGGUUUGAGUUUUGUUAGUGAAAUGGUCCAAGUUGAGACAGUUGCUCAAUUUGGUGUCAUCUUUUUGCUCUUUGCAUUGGGCUUAGAGUUUUCAGCAACGAAGCUUCGAGUUGUUCGAGCGGUGGCUAUCCUUGGAGGCCUACUCCAAAUUUUCUUAUUUAUGUGCUUGUGUGGAAUAACAGCUUCAUUAUGUGGUGGUAAAUCAUCUGAAGGAAUAUUUGUAGGUGCAUUUCUAUCCAUGUCUUCAACAGCUGUGGUCUUGAAAUUCUUAAUGGAAAGGAAUAGCGUCAAUGCCCUUCAUGGUCAGGUUACAAUUGGAACUCUGAUACUGCAGGAUUGUGCCGUUGGUUUGCUCUUUGCACUGCUUCCUGUUUUGGGUGGAACAUCAGGUGUUCUUCAAGGAGUAGUAUCCAUGGCUAAGUCAUUGGUGACCUUAAUUGCAUUUUUGGCCAUUUUGACAAUGUUAUCUCGUACUUGUGUACCAUGGUUCCUUAAGCUAAUGAUAAGUUUAUCCUCUCAGACGAAUGAACUUUAUCAAUUGGCAUCAGUGGCUUUCUGCCUACUUGUUGCUUGGUGUAGUGAUAAGCUGGGUUUAAGUCUUGAACUAGGUUCCUUUGCUGCGGGAGUGAUGAUAUCAACAACAGAUCUUGGUCAGCAUACACUUGAACAAGUUGAGCCAAUUCGCAAUUUUUUUGCUGCUCUGUUCUUGGCCAGCAUUGGGAUGCUUAUACAUGUCCAUUUCCUUUGGAAUCAUGUUGACAUGUUACUGGCAGCUGUUAUAUUGGUGAUCAUUAUAAAAACAAUUGUAGCUGCAUCUGUUGUUAAGGGGUUUGGAUACAGCAACAAGACUUCACUUCUUGUUGGGAUGUCCCUGGCACAAAUUGGGGAAUUUGCCUUUGUUCUUCUCAGCCGUGCUUCAAAUCUUCAUUUAGUUGAGGGAAAGUUGUAUCUAUUGCUCCUGGGAACAACAGCUCUUAGUUUGGUGACUACACCUUUACUCUUCAAGCUAAUUCCUGCAGUUGUGCAUCUUGGGGCAUUGUUACGGUGGUUCCCUCCUGAUAGUUCAACUGAGAUUGCAUUUAAAGGGGACAGCUUUCGUGUAGACAGUGCUAAGCGUAUUACUUUGAUGGUUCAAGGCUCUCAUGAUUCAUGAUAUUCACAUUUACUAUGAAGAAGAAAUGAAAUUUGCGGGCUUUAAUUGACGGCUUCUCAAUACUACGGGAGGACAAGUGCUAAAAACAAAACAAAUAAGGUUUACUAAAUGAAAGAGUUUUCCAUUGCAAAAUACUUUAUAUACUCUCUGCUUUCAGAACACGCACUGGAAUAGUAAGAGUAAAUGGCGAAAGUAUGCCAAGGGAGCCAGGAGUUUCAACCGGAUACAGCAACUAACCUAGUAACUGGGGCCAUGUUAUUAACUUGAAUGGCCUGUUGUGUAUAAAGUAAUAUGUAGUUGCAGUUAGUGUAUUUCAUUUUAGAUACAAUCCUCUUGAUUUUUUUUUCCCUUACUUUUUCCCUUUAUUUUAUUCAAAUUUUUUUGGGUUGAUUAAGUUUGGAAUGUGUAAUUUUCCCUGUACAAGUUUUAGACUUAAGGCAGUCAUCAAAGUCAAAUGUACCAUGUUCAUAACUUUUGAAAUUAUAAUGGAAGAUAAUUUGAUUUGCCAUUCA